UGGAACCACCUCAUCGUAAUCGCAGCCAAGCUAGCUAACAUUCAGUCUAGAAUGCAACUCUACUUUUCCUUUUCGUUCUCAUUUUCUUACAACUUUGUGAUUUUAACCAAAACAUUUUGUUAUUUUCUAAACAUCUCAAUAAAAUUGUGUCCAUUAUCAACAUAAAAUUAAUUAAAUAUUGGUGAAAUAAGUAAAAAUGCCAAAAUACUACUGUGACUAUUGUGACACCUAUUUGACACACGACUCGCCCUCUGUAAGGAAAACACACUGUACCGGGCGAAAGCAUAGAGACAACGUAAAAUUCUAUUAUCAGAAAUGGAUGGAAGAGCAGGCGCAACAUUUGAUUGAUGCCACAACUGCGGCUUUCAAAGCUGGUAAGAUUACACAAAAUCCUGGAGUAGCUAUUCCGCCACCGAAUAUGGCGCCACCACCUCGUCCUGGUCUAAUGCCGGGCGCACCAGGAAUGCCACCUAUGAUGAUGGGUCCCCAUGGAGGAAUGCCGCCACCAAUGUUGGGCAUGCGACCGCCACCGAUAAUGGGACCUAUGGGCCCAAUGAUGGGACCACCACCCCCAUUAGGAGCUUUAGGAGUACGUCCGCCUAUGAUGAACGGUCCUCCUCCAAAUAAAUAACAGUAGCAACGAUAAAAUUUAGUCGCUACAUAGUUUUAGAACAUUGUAAUUUUAUUAUUACUUGCAUUUGCAAAUAAAUAAGAUAAAUUAAAACUUUAA